UAGAAGUUACAAAAGGGAGGAAUAUGGAUUCAUAUGUGUAGAUGUGACACAGAUCCAUUACACAAAUGAUCCAUUCAUUUUAGGCUCGCAAGCUCAAUCUGUGUAUUAUCUUAAACAUGGUCAAAAUGAGAAAUGGCAUGCAGUGGUAAAGGUCAGACCACGAAAUCUGUACGAUGUACCUGAACAGGAAAAUGAAACAGAGCCUUAUCAACUAAUUGACUUGGUUGAAAGGGGAGAAGCAAGUCUUCAAGUAGAGUCGGACAAUGAUGUCGUUACAAUACAAAGAGAAGACAUUGACGGAGUGAGUGUUGAAGCACCUUCUCUCAAUAACGAGGAAGAAAUAGACCUAGAAGCUAUAGAUGAAUCUGAUCAUGAUAAUGGAGAUGACUUCAGUGAUUCUGCAACAGAUGAAGAAUAUCUUUCUGAAGAUGAACAUGAUGCAAAUGAGGAUGAUGAUUGGUUGUGACUUUCAGCUACUGCAAGACAACUUUGGUUAUUACAAUCACUUUCUUUAUAGGAUUUCGGUUCUUCCAUCAUCUAGUCGCUCAAUUAAUUUAACCUGUCAACCAAGGACACCUUUCAACUUCCAGACACACAACACAUUCAGGAUACUAUCCUUGAAAGAGCUAAUCAUUUGUAUCGAUAUCGUCGUAAAAGGCCCCAUGAUCAUUUCAAGAAAUUUGCUACAGAGGAGGAAAGAUUACAGAACAAGCCAAAAGAGGUUAAUGAAGUUGAAUGGAAAUUCUUGGUAGAAUAUUUC